GUAAAUGAAAUAUUCUUAAACAACAGUAAAAAUAUUCAUUGACUUUAGCUAUAAAACUCGCCAUCCUAAUUUAAUAUUCCGUUGUUAAAAAAUGAUUCAUAAAAUUGGAAUGAUGUUAAAAAGGGAAUAAGAGAUAAAGUUUAUUCUAAAGUUUAGGGAUUUGAGAAUUAGAAGUUUAUUUAAAAAAGUGAAUUACUUUACAAUUUUAAGAAUCAAGAGGAAAAGAAUUCAAAUCAAGCUUUAUCGCAUAGAUAAUCUGCAACUCAUUUAAAAAAUCUUAUGGAUAAUAAAUUUCCAAAAUAAGAAUCUCCAAUAAAAAUGGGUUUGACUCGUGCAAUAUACUCACCAAGUCAGAAAUAAUAUCAUCCCUUAGAUGAUAUUCAAAUAAAGAAUAAUUAUUAAAGUGCAUUUGGUUCUUCAAUAGGUAAAGAAAAGGUUAAAAUUCAAUCAUCAAAAAAAGAAUAAUACUCCUAAUAAAAACCAUUAUCUGAUAUGUUAGACAUGAAAAGAAAUAAGGCAGUAACAGAAAGAGCAACACUUGCAGAAAUUAUAAGAAUUUCAAACCAUCUUUAAGAUGUUUAAUAAGCAGAAGCAACUUAAUUAAGUAGUGCAUAUUUAUAAGAGCUUAUAACUUUAUAAUAAAAUAUAGGCAAAGUACUUAAAAAUACCUCUAAUAAAACAUAUAAAUGAAC